GCGUCGGCCGGCCGGACUUCCCAGAGUUUGCCGAUUUCCCCAAACCCCCUACGGAGCUCCUCCCUCUCCGCCUCUCCAACCCCAUCGACCACCGAGCGGCGGCGGCGGCGGCGGUAUGGAGGCCGGCGGCGAGGAGUUGGCCAUCGGCGUGGUGAUCUCCGCGAAGACCACCCUCGGGGAGGAGUUCGAGGGCCAGAUCGUCGCCUUCGACCGCCCAUCCAACCUCCUCGUCAUCCAGGAGGGCGUGGGGAGGGCCGAGAGGGGGGAGCGGCGGAACGUGAGGGUGCUCAAGGCGAACUACAUACGGGAGUUCUCCGUGGUCAGCAAGGGUGACGACCCACUAGAUCCUGCCGGCUGCACGCUCGACCUCGACGCGAUUUAUGCGCGGGAGGAGGCCGCGCUCAGGCAAGCAGAGCUUGAUGCCGGGAGAAUUGGUGUUGGUGUCACCCCAGAAGCUCAAAGUAUAUUCGAUGCACUGUCCAAGACGCUUCCAGUUCAGUGGGACAAGACUGACAUUGUUGUAAUGAAGGAGGUUCGUGUACGUAGUCCUUACCUGCCUGAAAAUGUUAGCGGAGGAACAGCUGCAGCAAAUGAACGUGUUAAGAAAGUGAUUGACUUUGAAAGGAAAAGAUUACAUGCGCGUGUACCCGGCCAAUUCUCUUAACUUACAAGGCUUAACUAAUUUUCACAUUAACCCCGUGUUGUAUUUCUAAUACUGCAACCAUUUUCUUAUUUUCCUCAAUGACCUUAUCUAUAAAAAUGUUUCAGCAGGUUUCAUUUUCAUAAUAAUAACUACAUCUAUGAGACUA